UCUGUUUGAGAUGAUUGAAAAGAUGCAGGGAAGCAGGAUGGACGAACAGCGAUGCUCCUUCCCGCCACCCCUCAAAACAGAGGAGGACUAUAUUCCCUACCCGAGCGUCCACGAGGUCCUGGGGCGAGAAGGGCCCUUCCCUCUCAUCCUGCUGCCCCAGUUUGGGGGCUAUUGGAUCGAGGGCACCAACCACGAAAUCACCAGCAUCCCCGAGACAGAGCCACUGCAGUCACCCACCACCAAGGUGAAGCUGGAGUGUAACCCCACUGCCCGCGUCUACCGGAAGCACUUUCUCGGCAAGGAGCACUUCAACUACUACUCACUGGACACUGCCCUCGGCCACCUGGUCUUCUCACUCAAGUAUGAUGUCAUUGGGGAUCAAGAGCACCUGCGGCUGCUGCUCAGGACCAAGUGCCGGACAUACCACGAUGUCAUCCCCAUCUCCUGCCUCACGGAGUUCCCUAACGUGGUCCAGAUGGCAAAGCUGGUGUGUGAAGACGUCAAUGUGGAUCGAUUCUACCCUGUGCUCUACCCCAAGGCUUCCAGGCUCAUCGUCACCUUUGAUGAGCAUGUCAUCAGCAAUAACUUCAAGUUCGGAGUCAUUUAUCAGAAGCUUGGGCAGACCUCAGAGGAAGAACUCUUCAGUACCAACGAGGAGAGCCCAGCCUUCGUGGAGUUCCUGGAGUUCCUGGGUCAGAAGGUCAAACUGCAGGACUUCAAGGGGUUCCGAGGAGGCCUGGACGUGACCCAUGGGCAGACGGGGACCGAGUCUGUGUACUGCAACUUCCGCAACAAGGAGAUCAUGUUUCACGUGUCCACCAAGCUGCCCUACACAGAAGGGGACGCCCAGCAGUUGCAGCGGAAGAGACACAUCGGGAACGACAUCGUCGCUGUGGUCUUCCAGGAUGAGAACACGCCCUUUGUGCCCGACAUGAUCGCAUCCAACUUCCUGCACGCCUAUGUGGUGGUGCAGGCUGAGGGUGGGGGCCCUGAUGGCCCGCUCUAUAAGGUCUCGGUCACGGCAAGGGAUGAUGUGCCCUUCUUUGGGCCCCCCCUUCCGGACCCUGCGGUGUUUAGGAAGGGGCCUGAGUUCCAGGAAUUUUUGCUGACGAAGCUGAUCAAUGCUGAAUACGCGUGCUACAAGGCCGAGAAGUUUGCCAAACUGGAGGAGCGGACGCGCGCCGCCCUGCUAGAGACGCUCUACGAGGAGCUGCACAUCCACAGCCAGUCCAUGAUGGGCCUGGGCGGCGACGAGGACAAGAUGGAGAACGGCGGCGGCGGGGGCGGCUUCUUCGAGUCUUUCAAGCGGGUCAUCCGGAGCCGGAGCCAGUCCAUGGAUGCCAUGGGACUAAGCAACAAGAAGCCCAACACCGUGUCCACCAGCCACAGUGGGAGCUUUGCACCCAACAACCCUGACCUGGCCAAGGCUGCUGGAAUAUCACUGAUUGUCCCUGGGAAGAGCCCCACAAGGAAGAAGUCGGGCCCGUUUGGCUCCCGCCGCAGCAGCGCCAUCGGGAUCGAGAACAUCCAGGAGGUGCAGGAGAAGAGGGAGAGCCCUCCGGCUGGCCAGAAGACCCCGGACAGCGGGCACGUCUCCCAGGAGCCCAAGUCGGAGAACUCGUCCACCCAGAGCUCCCCGGAGAUGCCCACCACCAAGAACAGGGCGGAGACCGCAGCCCAGAGAGCAGACGCUCUGAAGGACUUCUCCCGCUCCUCGUCCAGCGCCAGCAGCUUCGCCAGCGUGGUGGAGGAGACGGAGGGCGGGGACGGGGAGGACACGGGCCUGGACAGCGUCUCGUCCUCAGGGACACCCCACAAGCGGGACUCGUUCCUCUACAGCACGUGGCUGGAGGACAGCGUCAGUACGACCAGCGGGGGCAGCUCCCCAGGCCCCUCACGGUCACCCCACCCAGACGCCGGCAAGUCGGGGGACCCUGCGUGUCCCGAGAUCAAGAUCCAGCUGGAAACGUCUGAGCAGCACCUGCCGCAGCUGGGCUGUUAGCCGCCCACCGGGAAGGUGCCGCUCAGCAGAUGAGGCCACAGAAGCACAAGGUGAAGACU